AUGGCCUCUCUCGUGGACAGCAACCUCUCUGACUUCGAAAACAGCAGCGACCUGUCAUAUUUUCUCACAGACGAGGAGGACAGCAAUGGGCUCCUGCAGGCCACCUCCUCCGCGCAGCACUCCGAACAGCACCGGAGAGAAGAGUUGAGAGAGGACGAGGAAGAAGAGGAAAAGGAGCGCAAGAGACGACGAGGCCGUGGCCGGGUAAGGAGCGAGGCACUGCUGCAUACCCUCCGCAAGACCCGUAGGGUGAAGGCCAACGAUCGAGAACGCAAUCGGAUGCACAACCUGAAUGCAGCCCUGGACGAAUUGCGAAGCGUGUUGCCCACCUUCCCAGAUGAAACCAAACUCACCAAGAUCGAGACCUUGCGCUUUGCUUACAACUACAUCUGGGCCCUUGCUGAAACCCUGCGUCUUGCUGACCAGUAUUUGCAAGGGCCCCCCAAGGAGCUGCUCCUACCAACCUACCUCCACCCUGCCGACUCUCCCAACUCAGCCAGCGAUGGAGAAUCGUGGAUCUCCAGUGCUUCCCCACCUGUAGCCUCCUCCUCCUCUUCGUUCUCCCCACCCUCCUCCUGCUGUUCCUCAUCCCCUCUCUCUAACCCAAGCAGCCCAGCAGCCUCCGAAGACUUUGGCUGCGGAAACCCCGACCCCCUCUUCUUCCCUGGUCUACCCAAAGACUUAGUCCACGGCGUUCCGUGUUUUGAGCCCUAUCGUUAG